AUGCUUUUUGGACUAGGAAGACUGUUUUACGUGAUUCUUUUACUGAUAAAUGCGGUUGCUGUGCUUAGCGAGGAAAGAUUUUUGAUAAGAAUUGGACUCGGACGGAAUAGCAACGAUGGGCCAGUAUUUGGUCAAGAAGAGAAUUCGACAAAAUCCAAAGUGGUUCAACUCAUCGGGGCAGUUCAGACACUAUUAAGAAUUCCCUUGAUUGGCAUCAACGUCUUGGUGAUAGUCUAUGAAUUAUUAUUAGGUUGA